UCCUGAUCUAAAUGGUUUGAGGCAAAGGCAGAAACCAAUGAACCGAGGAGUCAUCGCUCGUCAACCAGAAGAAGAAAUUCUGACAGAAAGAAAGAGAGAGAAACUGAGAGGAAUUCUUUCCCUUUCUAUUUUUUUCUCUUCUUUCCUUACGAACACAGUUUCACUUUUCUUUUCUGCAUAUUUUUUACCCCAAAUUUGUGCUUCUCGCUCCUUCCAUCUCCUCGUUCUCUGUGCAGUCGAUCUCUGCCUCCGUCCCUUUCACUGUUAGGGAGAAACAAUUGCGGUAUUGCAUUCCAACACAUUUUUUCUUUUGUGCGUUGAAGGAUCUCCAAUUUCUUCCUUUCACCAAUUCAUAUACGACAGCAGCGCUCUGUCCUUGGGUGUUCACAGGUCGGGACUUGUCCACCUUUCUCGCUCUUUCUCUCUCCCCUCCUGCAACAGGGAAAUGAUUAUCAUGUUUCGCCAAUUUCGGAUUUUGGGGUUUUCUGCAUUUCAGUUUUGGCAUGUGCAGUUAGCUGCCCAAUGAAUUUUGUUGUUUGCGGAGUAAAGCUUUAUCUGUCCACCUUCACGUGAAGCUGCAAGCUCGCUGGGCUUCUUAGAAUUUUCUCUUCUUACCUUGGGGUUGGGUGCUAGUUCAAACCGGCUAAAGAUCUGCUAUCUGGAUGUUCUACUUUGGGCAUAAUUUAUUCUGCAAUUUUAGAAGGAGUUCCAUAUUAAACAAGGAUUGGUGAGGACAAAAUUGCAUUUUCCUCUCAUUUGCUUGUUUACAUUUCUUAAAGGAUAAAGUUAGUAAAAGAUUUGAUUUUGGAGAAGCGUCCUUUAGUUUGCCUGCCAUAGACAAGGGUAGGAUACAAUUUGGACAGAUGGAAUUUUGGGUGGUUUACCUAAACCCUUCAAUGUAUCUCCAUUGGAGGAAUUUGGAUGAUGUCUAGCAAACCAUUGGUGUCAUCAACUGAUCUUCAACUUUUGCCAAAUGCCUAUAUGACUCAUUCUUCAUCUAGAAUCAGCUCAUCAGAAUCAGAAAUUAUAAGACAUAAAACUUUGUUAUCAUCCUCAACUUUUGACAAGAAACAUAAAAGUGAGUUGAUGAUGUGAAGUAGGUCCCGGAGGGCGGCAUUGCCCCACUCGGUGCUUUUACUACUUAUUCUCAUACAAAGAAAAAGCAAUUCCAUUCUUCUGAGCUUCGUUUCCGUCCACAGUCUAUGCUCGAAUGCCCCUCAUGUGAGAGAAAACGUCAUGUACCUUGGAGUGAUGCAAUGGACCACCAUUGUGAUAUUGCUUCCUUCGAUAUUUCUAGUGAUACAUCUCGGGUUGCCUCAUCUCAGGAAGCAUCCUCUCAGAUGAAUUUCUCUUGUGUCCAGGAAAAACUAAGCAAAUCUCAGAGGCUUCUUCAAAAAAAUAUGCAGUUGGAAGAAAACUUGUUAUAUGUACCAAGGUUAAUUCAUAUUAAUGAUCCGAAGAAGACGAAUGAUAAGUUCCAGUUCACUGGAAAUGAGAUACGGACUAGCAAGUAUACUGUACUUAAUUUCUUACCUAAGAACCUCUUUAUACAAUUCCAUAGGGUUGCUUAUUUAUAUUUUCUAGCUAUUGCUGCUCUAAACCAGCUCCCACCGCUUGCUGUUUUUGGUAGAACGGUGUCCCUCUUCCCUCUUCUAUUUGUGCUUUCAGUGACCGCUAUUAAAGAUGGUUAUGAGGAUUGGCGAAGACACAGAUCAGACCGGAAUGAGAAUAACAGGGAAGUUUUAGUCCUCCAAUCUGGUGAGUUCAGAUUGAAAAAAUGGAAAAAGGUUCGUGCUGGUGAGGUUGUAAAGAUCAAAUCUAACGAGACAAUUCCUUGUGAUAUGGUGCUUCUGGGGACGAGUGAUCAUAGUGGAAUUGCUUACAUACAGACCAUGAAUUUAGAUGGUGAAUCUAAUCUGAAGACGAGGUAUGCUAGGCAAGAAACAACUUCAUUAGUACAUGAAGGUGCAGACAUUUCUGGGAUUAUCAGAUGUGAACAACCUAACAGGAACAUCUAUGAGUUCACUGCCAAUAUGGAGUUGAAAGGGAAGAGGGUUUCUCUCAGCCAAUCAAAUAUUAUCUUGCGUGGAUGCCAACUAAAGAACACAGAAUGGGCGAUCGGUGUGGUAGUUUAUGCUGGACAAGAGACCAAAGCUAUGCUGAAUAGUGCACCAUCUCCAUCUAAAAGGAGCAGACUCGAAGCAUACAUGAACAGGGAAACCCUCUGGUUGUCCAUUUUCCUUCUCACAAUGUGCCUUGUUGUAGCAAUUGGAAUGGGUCUAUGGCUAAGGAGACGCAAGGAGCAGCUUGAUACUUUGCCUUAUUACAGGAGAACAUACAUCGGAAAAGGCAAUACUGAACGGAAAUUGUACAGAUAUUAUGGGUUACCCAUGGAAACCUUUUUCUCUUUUUUGAGUUCCAUCAUAGUUUUCCAGAUAAUGAUACCAAUAUCUCUGUAUAUCACAAUGGAGUUAGUUCGUUUGGGACAAUCAUAUUUCAUGAUUGGGGACAGGCAUAUGUAUGAUAGUGGCUCAAAUUCAAGGUUUCAGUGUAGAUCCUUGAAUAUUAAUGAAGAUUUGGGUCAGAUACGUUAUGUAUUUUCUGACAAAACGGGAACACUAACCGAAAACAAGAUGGAAUUCAAAAGAGCGAGUAUAUGGGGAAUAAACUAUGCAAGUUCCCUUUCUGUUGCUGAUAAUAACAUUGGAGUAAACCCCGAAUCAAAGCAUGAUAAUAGAAGAUGGAAGCUUAAGUCGGACAUUGCCACAGAUUCUGAACUCAUGGAUUUGUUAUGUAGUGAUUUAGCUGGUGAAGAAAGAAUUGCUGCACAUGAUUUCUUUUUGACAUUGGCAGCAUGCAACACUGUGAUCCCUAUUCUCACUCAGAGUCCUUCUAGUGGCACUGAGAGUGAGCUAUGUUGUAAUAUUGGUGCAGUUGAAUAUCAGGGUGAGUCUCCUGAUGAACAAGCACUAGCCGCUGCCGCCGCUGCUUAUGGCUAUACUCUUUUUGAGCGGAGUUCUGGGCAUGUAUCAAUUGAUGUCAAUGGAAAGAAACUAAGGCUGGAUGUGUUGGGACUUCAUGAGUUUGACAGUGUUCGUAAAAGAAUGUCUGUUGUUAUCCGAUUACCGAACAAUACUGUAAAAGUGUUGGUGAAAGGUGCUGAUACUUCAAUGCUUAGCAUUUUGAAGAAAGAUAAUGAAAGGGAUGACCGCAUCAGUAAUUCUACAAAGGAUCAUUUGAAAGAGUACUCUUCAGAAGGUCUACGCACACUUGUAGUUGCUGCCAGGGAUCUUACAGGCGAAGAACUCGAGGAGUGGCAGUGCUUGUAUGAAGAGGCCAGCACAUCACUGACAGAUAGGUCUGCAAAGCUACGACAAACAGCAGCACUAAUCGAAUGCAACUUAACUCUACUUGGUGCAACUGCAAUAGAAGACAAGCUACAAGAAGGUGUACCUGAAGCUAUUGAAUCUCUGCGACAAGCAGGGAUAAAAGUGUGGGUUCUGACUGGUGAUAAACAAGAAACUGCAAUUUCUAUUGGUCUCUCCUGUAAACUCUUGACCUCCGAUAUGAAUAAGAUCAUAAUUAAUGGCAAUUCUGAAGAUGAGUGCAAAAGGCUAUUGUCUGAUGCCAAGGCUAAAUAUGGUAUUAAGUCUGCUUGUUGCAAUAAUUGGAUCUUGAGAUGGAAGAGGGACACGGAAAUUUGUUACCACGAAGUUUCUCCAGAUGCAAUGUUGUUAAAGCUUCCUGUGGAGCACAUAGAACAGGAAGGAGGACCACUGAGUUUACCAUUAGCACUCAUUAUUGAUGGGAAUAGUCUGGUAUACAUUUUAGAGAAAGACCUAGAGCCUGAGCUAUUCGACCUGGCGAUCUCAUGUCAGGUGGUACUUUGCUGCCGUGUUGCACCUCUACAAAAGGCUGGAGUCGUUGACCUAAUAAAGAGCCGCACAGAUGAUAUGACCUUAGCCAUUGGUGAUGGGGCUAAUGACGUUUCAAUGAUCCAAAUGGCAGAUGUUGGUGUUGGAAUAUGUGGUCAGGAAGGGCGUCAAGCUGUAAUGGCAUCUGAUUUUGCUAUGGGGCAAUUCCACUUUCUUAAAAGAUUACUAUUGGUGCACGGACAUUGGAACUAUCAGCGAAUUGGUUACUUGGUUCUUUAUAAUUUUUACCGGAAUGCGGUUUUUGUGUUUAUGCUUUUCUGGUACAUUUUGUUCACUGCUUUCUCAACAACCUCUGCACUGACCGAUUGGAGCAGUGUCUUUUAUUCUGUUCUUUACACUUCAGUACCUACUAUCAUUGUUGGUAUUUUGGACAAGGAUUUAAGCCAUAGGACAUUACUCAAGUAUCCAAAACUCUAUGCUUCUGGGCAUAGACAGGAGAGUUACAACAUGCACCUGUUCUGGAUAACAAUGAUAGAUACAGUAUGGCAGAGUCUUGUUCUCUUCUACAUACCCCUGUUCAUCUAUAAGGAGAGUACGAUUGAUAUCUGGAGCCUGGGUAGCUUAUGGACUAUUGCAGUGGUGAUACUCGUCAAUGUGCAUUUGGCAAUGGAUGUUCAGCGCUGGCUGGUAUAUACCCAUAUUGCAAUAUGGGGAUCAAUAAUUAUUACGUUUGGCUGCCUGGUUGCAGUGGACUCUAUUGUAAUCUUCCCUAAUUAUGGUACAAUAUACCAUCUCGUAAUGUUGCCUAGUUACUGGCUCACGAUUUUGCUUGUAAUAGUGGUGGCAUUGCUUCCUCGUUUCAUGUUCAAGGUUAUGCAGCAAACAUUCUGGCCUUCUGAUAUACAAAUAGCUAGAGAAGCAGAGAUACUGAAAAAGGGUCCUGGUCAUUUUGUGUGUAAGCCAAACCAAGAUACAAGCUGAUGUGGGCUGUUUUUUAUGGCGACCAAUUCUAUUUUUAUACUGGCUGCAUGUGUAUGCCGGUCUAUGGCUUUCUCCUGGCAUUUUAUUGUACAGACUAACUGCUAAAUUGUGAUUGCGAGCGGGGAUAGCCAGUGACGGAUUAUGAUGAGGCAAGUCGAAUGACGUAAGAGAAACCGACGGCUGACUGCUUGUUAUGUUGUAAGGGUCUCUACUCUCCAUUUCUAAAGUAUAGCAAAAAUAGAACUGAGAAAGCAAUACAAGUGUACAUUAAGGCUCAUGUAAAAAAGCAGGCGUUCAUCCUAAGCAUGCACAAGUGAUCAAAUAAAAUGAAGCGUAUUUUCCAUCAAUUUUACCGUGCUUCAUCUGAUGGGUGCUCUGUUUCUGUUGACUUGGUGGAUGCAUAAAUCUUUUAUAGCUCUGUUACACUUUAUUCAUUACAUUGCUUUGUCACUCAUCCUGAUUUUUUAGUUCAUACUCCGUAUUAGUUAAUCACUGCUAUAAAGAAGUUAAAACGAG